AUGGUCCCAUCCCAUCCCACCCCUCAACCUCACCCCUGCUCCCCACUCACUAUCGCGUGCCACACUGUCACCGCGCUUUUGCAUCCUCGCAAACUCCCACAGCGCAUGUCUUCUGUGCCGAUGUUUCUCUCCACCUGCCUGGGCGAGCAAGCUCUGGCGCCGUCCUGGGUCCCCGCCAGACUGGGGUUCGCCUUGAGAGUUGGGCCGAGCGAACAACCCAUCCCCCUCGUCCCCGGAUGA